AUAACUGGUGCCUGUUCGAUAGGGUUUUCGGGUCAGCGGCGCGCCGAUCGGGAAGCGUGGUUGGAGUUUGUUUACUAGGACACCUGUUCAGCAAUCCUAGAUGGCUCCACCCGCAAAAGCUACCUCCAAGAAGGCCGAUGACAAGACACAGGCUCUGAAGGUUGCGAAGGCUGUGAAGUCCGGAUCUACCUUGAAGAAGAAGGCCAAGAAGAUUAGGACGUCUGUUACUUUUCACAGGCCAAAGACUCUGACAAGGGACAGAAAUCCGAAGUACCCUAGAAUUAGUGCUCCACCAAGAAACAAGUUGGAUCAGUAUCAAAUCCUCAAGUAUCCCCUGACCACUGAAUCUGCAAUGAAGAAGAUUGAAGACAACAACACACUAGUCUUCAUUGUUGACAUUAGAGCCGACAAGAAGAAGAUCAAAGCAGCUGUGAAAAAGAUGUACGACAUUCAGGCCAAGAAGGUGAAUACCCUGAUCAGACCUGAUGGUACUAAGAAGGCUUACGUGAGACUGACUCCGGACUAUGAUGCGCUUGAUGUUGCAAACAAAAUCGGCAUCAUCUAAGCUCGGACAAAUUCAUAGCUAUCCAAAUGAUUCUGACUUGAGGGUCUAUUUGGGAUCUCAAGAAAUUUACAGCACUAUGGAAGCCGAUGUCUAUGAUGUGACUUCCGAAACGUCAUUCUUAUUUUCAAAAUGGAGUUUUAUUCUGUCUUUGACAUUUUUUUAGGUUUUUGUUGUGUUACUUUAAAGACUAUUAUGCAAGUUUGCCGACUUAGUUGGCUCGAUAGCUUUAAUCAGUGAUUGAAUUUACCCA